AGGUACUGAGUCUAGUUAACACAUAUUUAAGAGGCCUGCACAGGCAACUUGUUAUAUUUCCAUGUGUGGACAAAUCUCCGUACAGUCACUGUGAAGGCGCGAUAACUAUUGUGUACCUUUUACGUGAUUAUCUUAAAAGAUAAGAAAUACCUAAUGCAAUGUUAUGUUUGCCCACCUCUAUAAAAUACUUUUCAGGCACUUGUUUUUAUUGGUGGGUGUCGUGUUUCUUAUUACUCACUCAAGUACAUUAAUAUUGAAUUACAAAAGUAUUUAUUUGAUACGAGUGCGGUGUAGGCAAAUAAGGUUGCUUUGUGUGAGGACCGUGAUCUAAUUAAUUCAGGUCAUAUUACGAAAAAAUCGUGGGCGCUCUUUAUUAUUAUUUAUACUGUCUCAUCAUAUAGAUGAUGGAUUUCCAAUUAAAAUGGGGUGUGGCCGGAGUGGGUAUGAUUGCUCACGACUUCCUGACUGCGCUGGGCACGCUGCCGGCUGACCAGCACAAGGUCGUCGCCGUGGCCGGCAAAGAUCUAGAACGUGUCCACAGAUUGGCCACGCUCCACAAAAUCAACACUGCCUACGAAGGCUACGAGUCACUAGCGCGUGAUGACUCUAUAGACAUUGUAUUCGUGAGUGUUCUCAAUUUGCAGCAUUACGAAAUAACUAAAUUAAUGUUAGAGAACGGUAAACACGUGCUAUGCGAAAAGCCUAUGGGCAUGACUUACAAACAAACUAAAUCGCUGGUGGACCUGGCUCGGGAGAAGAAACUGUUCCUCCUUGAAGGGAUGUGGUCGAGGUUCUUCCCUGCUUACGACGCUUUGGAUCAGCACAUAUCUUCGGGCGGGCUUGGGGACAUCUAUCACAUCAGCAUACAGUUUGGGGUUGAGAUUAACGACAUUGAAAGAAACUUAAUGAAGGACUUGGGAGGCGGUGCUGUGUUAGACUUGGGCAUAUAUAUGUUGCAACUAGUUCAGUUUAUAUACAAGGACCCGCCUACCGACAUCGUGUGCACGGGCCACCUGAGCAAGACUGGGGUGGACGAGUCCAUCUCGUGCGCGCUCAAGUACAAGGACGGCAGGACCGCCACUCUGUCCGCGCACACACGAGCCAAUAUGACCAACAAAGCGGAGAUCGUGGGCACGAAGGGGGCAAUAACUCUGGACUAUUUCUGGUGUCCCACGGUACUACAAAUAUCGGCAGCUAACAACACAGAGUGGAGUUUACCCAAAGGAAAAUACAAGUUCCAUUUCCAUAACAGCGCAGGCCUCAGUUACGAAAUACAAGAAUGUUGGGACUGUCUCAGUAAAGGCCAGCUGGAAAGUCCAAAGAUGACAUUGGAUGAAACUGUUCUGCUCUCAAAAUUAACAGACACCAUGCGAGCUCAAGUCGGCGUCUUGGAAACUGAACUAAAUUAAAGGGAACAAGUUUAGCCUGAUAUACUGGCAGCCCCAUACUUUUAUAAUGUAAUACUUAAUAUUACUUAAAGUUCUGCUUUAAUUAUUUUAUAUAAAUGUACCAAUAAGUGCCAGUCGAGGAACAAAUGCUACGCGUUGUGAUAUUUUACCUAAAUUCGGCCCCUUGUAUACAAUAAAAGUUACUUAAAGUACAGUAUUUACCUCAACUAACUGUGAUUAUUAGUGUGUUGUGAGACGGUUGUUAAAUGUUAAUAUAAAAAUAUAUACCGCACAAAAUUUGCAACUUACUUUUAUUUACUAUUCGCUCUUAACCUUUAACUACGAUAGACUGUAAGAAAUAUUCCUCUCAAAUCGAUGGAUACAAUAAAUUACAAUGGGUAUGUUUCCAUCUAGUCAAAUACCAAA